UUCGCGAAAUAUAAAAGAAAAUAAGCACGCAAAUAAAAACAACAGUACAUCCGUAGCUUAAGGAAAAUCAGGAACAACAAUAUCUAUAGAUAUUAAAUAUACGUAGAAAUAAUUUAAAGCAAGUCCAAACGUUUUUUAAAGCUGAUCUGUGAUAAACAGUGAGAAGUAGAUACGCCUAUUCUAAAUACACUAAAAAUGUAUAUUGUACAUGUUUCAAAGUCUUGAGAUUUAAUGGGCUUUUAUUUUUGCUCCCACAACACGUAAUAAACAAUAUAUUAAGAGUUUUGCCAACAAUUUGUAAUUGCUUCCCAAGCCAAAUAAAAUGUGUUUCAAGGUUUUGGGUAGCAAUCUGUGCUGCUGCUGUUGUCAUCAGACAAAGAAGGGCGGAUUGAAUGAGGCGUCUUUUUACGAAUAUACAGAUCCAUUGCCUAAGUACUGUAACAAUGAAAUUGGAAGGUUAGAAGAAGGUGUAAGUUUUACAUUUACUGGUAAAAUGCCUAUUAAUUGCGAGAGAUUCUCUAUAAACUUUGUUCUUGAUAAUGAAACAAAGGAUAUUGCUUUGCACAUUAAUCCACGCUUACCUCAAAACUACAUUGUUCGUAACACAAAACUUCAUGAAAUAUGGGGGCCUGAAGAAGUGUCCUCAGCACUUCCUUUUUUGUUAAACCGAGGCGAAAGAUUUUCCAUACAAGUUCUUGUUACUUAUGCUUGCUAUAUGAUCUCAGUAAAUGGUCAUCACUUUGCAGAGUACGGCCAUCGAAUACCCUAUAAUGAAGUAAAAAUGGUCGAGGUCAAAGGUGACGUUGAAGAAGUCGAAAUGCUGCGCACCAUAGUUCAAAGCUAUCCGGAACGAUUGCCAGAAUCAAAGGCUAGAAAAAUAGAAAUCCACUUAAAUGAAGAUGGAUCUGAUGAAAUCGAUGCCAGUGCCGAGGAGGAGAUGAUUAACAUACCCGUGGAAUGGUGUCUUAUAAACGCGCCGACCAAACAGAUUGAUCCGAUUUCCCCAAAAAGUGCACAAAGCUUACUGUCCUUACAAUCAAGCAAGAAUGACGGCCUUACAUUGCCUUAUUAUGGAGCUCUGCCACCGGAAUCAUUAGCAGAGGGUAGAUGCCUAAAAAUUGAAGGUCGUGUCCGCCUACUGCCACAUUCGUUUUACAUAAAUUUGCAACACGGCCAGAACAUUUGGCCACAUCCCACAAUUGCAUUCCAUUUAAAUCCACGAUUCUCCCAGGCGAGCAGUGGUCCAAUGGGAAAAGCUGUUGUCUGCCGAAAUUCCUGGUCAGCUGGUAGUUGGGGUGUUGAAGAGCGGUCUGAGCUUGAUACAAAUUUCCGACCAGGUCGUACAUUUAGCUUGGUUAUUGUUUGCACAAAGGAUUCAUUUGAAGUGUAUGUGAACAAGAAGUUUAUAACGGAAUUCAAAUAUAAAAUGGCCUCGACCUUGGUGGACACAAUAUAUAUACAAGGAGACAUAAAGCUAUGGAAUGUAACUCUCGAACAAAAUGCGAUGAUUAGGGGUAAAAAUGUUCGCAUCUACCAUAAUCCUACGUACACGGAGGAAUAUUAGCAUUAGUUUUCUGAUUAAAGCUUGUUGCUGGCUUAUAGCCAGCACAAAAAGGGGUUUUUGACCCGUGCCUUUUGUAUUUGGCGACAAUAAAAAUGUUAUUUUCGUUUUUCAA